UCUGCGAGCUGUGAUUGGCCAGGAAGCAAGGCGCUGUAGUGCAGGGUGUAACACUGCUCUAUCAUCGGUACAUAUAAAUACACUUCUGCCGGCUGGUGGGCUGGAUCCAAAUAAUAACGGAGUAGUAACUCACCGUCUCUGGAGUUAACUUCACACACAGGAUGCCGGGAUCAGGACCAAUCAGUUGCUUGGGACCAUGGCCCAAAGAUGUGGGUAUCAUUGCCUUGGAACUGUACUUCCCAUCCCAGUAUGUGGACCAGGCUGAGCUGGAGCAAUUAGACGGUGUGACAGCUGGUAAAUACACUGUGGGCCUGGGCCAAGCUCGCAUGGGCUUCUGCUCUGACCGCGAGGACAUCAACUCUCUGUGCCUGACUGUGGUCCAGAGGCUCAUGGAGAGGAAUGGUCUGUCCUACGACAGUGUGGGUCGACUGGAGGUUGGCACUGAGACCAUCAUCGACAAGUCCAAAUCUGUCAAGACCGUCAUCAUGCAGCUGUUUGAGGACUCUGGCAAUACAGAUGUGGAGGGUAUUGACACCACAAACGCCUGCUAUGGGGGUACAGCUGCACUCUUCAACGCUGUCAACUGGGUGGAGUCCAGCUCAUGGGAUGGGCGAUAUGCUUUGGUUGUAGCGGGGGACAUUGCUGUCUACGCCACAGGAAGUGCCCGGCCUACAGGGGGUGCAGGUGCAGUGGCCAUGCUGGUCGGGCCUAAUGCUCCUCUGGCCUUUGAACGAGGUCUGCGAGGAACCCACAUGCAGCACGCAUAUGACUUCUACAAGCCAGACCUGAUGUCCGAGUAUCCUGUGGUGGACGGAAAGCUGUCGAUAGAGUGCUACCUGAGUGCCUUGGACCGCUGCUACUCUGUGUACCGCAACAAGAUCCAUGCGCAGUGGCAAAGAGAGGGUUCAGAAGAGCGUUUCAGCCUGGACGACUUUGGCUUUCUAGUCUUCCAUUCUCCCUACUGCAAGCUGGUGCAGAAGUCGUUGGCUAGGCUGAUGCUGAAUGACUUUCUGAGCCACCCCAGCCCCAACACUGAGACGGGACCCUUCACAGGCCUCGAUGCUUUCAGAGAUAUAAAGCCAGAAGAGACCUACUUUGACCGGGAUGUGGAGAAGGCCUUCAUGAAGGCCAGUGCAGAUCUGUUUGAGACAAAGACCAAGGCCUCCCUGCUGAUCUCCAAUCAGAAUGGAAACAUGUACACCCCCUCUGUCUACGGCUGCCUUGCAUCACUCAUUGCACAACAAACAGCUUCACAGAUAGCAGGACAGAGGAUUGGAGUCUUCUCCUACGGUUCAGGAUUUGCUGCUACUCUGUAUUCUCUCAGAGUCACACAGGACCAUACACCUGGCUCUAGUCUGGACAAACUUGUGUCCAGCCUGAGUGACCUGAAGGUCCGACUGGACUCGAGGCAGAAGGUUUCGCCUGCUGUCUUCUCUGAGAACAUGAAGCUGAGAGAGGAUACACACCACUUAGCCAACUACGUCCCUCGAGGCUCAGUGGAGGAUCUGUUUCCAGGGACGUGGUACCUGACACGAGUGGAUGACAAACACCGCAGGGAAUAUGCACGAAGACCUGUGGACGAUGACCUGACUGCAGCGCCAGAACUUGUUCGCUCCAGCACUGCACCAGAGCACAUCCCCAGUCCAGUCAAGAAGAUGCCUCGCAUCCCUGCAGCCACUGCUGGCCCAGACGCCGCCAUCAGCAACUGACAGCCCUCACUUACCUCUGAGAGGUAUCAAGAGUUUGAAAACUGUAAUAACUAGACAAAACUAGAGGUCAGAAGGCUAGCAAGAGGCAACAGUGUCACCUCCAAAAUCAUUAUACAUUCACCUUAUUUAGGUUGGAGCAGUGUGUCACUAAAGUGUUCAGUGGAGGCCUGUGGACAGAUGUAGACACUCCUCAACUGCCAGUACCUUUCCCAUCAUCCACGUGUAAUAGUGUCCAACAGUAAACUUCCUAUUUCUCUAGUCUAGAGUCUCUUUUGAUCACAAUACGUAUUUGUUUUAGCAAUCUUUUAUUUUAAAUUUUUUUUAACAUUUGUACAUCUUUUUUUUUUUUUUUUUUUUUUUUUUGCAUUUGUGCAAAAUAGACAAUUUGUAUUUGGGAGAAGCACAGGCAGAUGUUAGCAUGGAGUGUUGCUGAUAUUGAGUUCAACACGCAGACUUCCCUCCUGGCAGCUGGCAGCCAGUGGCAGGAAGAGGAAAUGGACAUAGUUAAUAUGGCUGUGGGCCUCGUGCUGAAUAAAAGAUCAAAAGGU